GAUAAUAAAACUUGUACCCUUGAAGUGAUCACAAAUGAUUAUACUUCAUCUUCGAUUUUCCCAUAUACUGCUGAGAAACAACAUUCCGAACCUCUUGCAAAUAUAUUUAUAUCAACAAGUCGUAUUAAAGACUUAGUCAGCAUUUAUAAAAUAAAUAUCUUACAAAGAUUGAUUCCAGGAUUGAAUAAACCUGGUUAUGAAGAAACACGUACAAAUAACACGAGUUCUAAUACUCAAUCUGGAAGAAGAGAACCGCAACCUGCCUCUGAUGAUCCGUUACGUAUUCCUACGAGUCAACCACCACGUUUUAGGCCACCUAUUUUUGACGAUCCUUACGGGG